AUGGCCUCUGCACUCACUUCCGAAAUUCCUGGCGCCGACCCGGCCUGGCACCGUCGCCAUGAUCACCCAUACUUCAAGGAAAGUCAUUACAAGCUCCAACGAUUUGUUCGUGAGUACGUUGAUCGGGAGAUCGCGCCAAAUGUUGAAGAAUGGGAGAGAAAUGCAGAGGUUCCGGAGGCAGCUUUUAAGAGACAUGCAUCUCUAGGUUUUCUGGCAGCCUCAGCGUUUCCAAUCCCUAAGGAAUAUGUAAAGGGUGUGACCUUGCCCGCAGGGUUGAGUGUGGAUGAAUGGGACGAGUUCCACGAUGCGAUUAUCAUCGAUGAGAUGGCUCGAUGUGCUUGUUUGGGCACUAUCUGGGGUAUCAACGGCGGCGCGACCGUCGGAGGCCCUCCCCCUCGACCGCUAUGGGUCGCCACUGCAGAAGGAAAAAUAUCUUGCUCCUCUUCUGCGUGGACAGCAACGUCACUGUCUCUGUUCGGCUCUGAUGUUGCCGGUCUCACGACAAUCGCUAAGAAAACUCCGGAUGGAAAGCAUUAUGUUCUGAGUGGUGAGAAGAAAUGGGUGACUCAAGGCCGUUGGGCGACCCAUGGCCUGGUAGCCGCGCGAACUGGUCCUGCGGGUGCUAAGGGUAUCUCCGUGUUUAUUGUGCCUCUGGAUAACGAGAAGAUUUCGAAAAGGAAGAUUGAGAAUUCCGGCGUCAGCUCCAGCGGAUCAACUUAUAUGGAGUUUGACGAAAUCCUGGUGCCCGCUGAGAACUUGCUAGGCAAGGAGAACCAGGGCUUUGAAAUCAUCAUGUCCACCUUCGCCCACGAGCGACUGUGGGUUGGUAUCACAGCCCUUCGACUCGGUCGCGUCGCCUACGAAGACUCAUAUCGAUAUGCCUUGAAGCGUGAGACAUUCGGCAAGCCUCUUUUCGAGAACCAAGUGAUUCGCCAGAAAUUCUCGCGAAUGGCGAACCUGCUCGAGCCAACCCAAGCGUACGUGGAGGAGCUAGUAUACCGAUCCGUUCGCUUACCGUCUCUUGAUUUCUCCCCUUUGGCUGCCAUGCUGAAAGUGCAGGCUGCACACAACCUGGAAAAGAUAUCCCGUGAGACACAGCAGGUAUUUGGCGGUCUUGGGUAUUCUAGACAAGGCCAAGGACAGAGAGUGGAGCAGAUCAGCCGCGAUGUGCGUGUCUUGGUUGUGAGUGGUGGCAGUGAGGAGAUCUUGCUUGACAUGAUUGCCAAGCAGCAACGCAAGUUGGCACAUCUUUGA